AUGGCAACAUCAAGUUUUAGAAAUAAUGCUGGUGGUGGUGGAGGAGGUUCAAAUCCUCACUAUCAACAACAACAGCACACCACUCAUUUACAUUCUAGCAUGUAUCUAUCAACAAUAGAGAGUGCUUCAUUAAAAGCGGAACGUUUAAGGGUAACAACAUCACCCUUUGCAAGAACAGACUUUGCCAUUAGAAGAGAUUUAUCUCAAAAGCCUUCGGAGGUAGUAUUUUCAUCAUCAACAACAAAUUUAAGAUCCAAUGAUACAACUAAUAAUAAUAAUACUUUAACCCAUUCCAAACAACAUCAACAAUAUACAAAUCGUUCUUCUAUAUCUUCUUCCUCAUCAUCAUCUAAACAAUAUACUAAUAAGGAAGAUUAUUCAUUAUUAACAAUAGAUAAACCUCAACAAUUAAUACCUCAACAAGUACAUAAAACGAAUACAUUUAAUUUAAAUAAUGAUGAUAUAGAAGGAUCCAAACCAUUAAAGAAUAAUGUAAUAUUUAAUAGACAAUUAAAUCCAUUAAAUCCAAUAUAUAAAUUACCAAGUGUAAGACAACCAACUAGAAAACCACCUGAAUUUGAAUUAUUUGAAAAGAGACCACCUAAAGAUAUAUUAAAAGUUGAUGAUAUUAUUUAUGAUGAAAAUAAGAAAUUAGCAAAUGAAAGAAAGAAAAAUUCAAUUCCAAGAGAUCCAAUUACAUGUGAUGAUAUAAAUCAUCCAGAAGAUUAUGGUGAUUUUGCUGUACGAGGCUUUUAUAGAUCUGAUUAUCAAAAGAGAAUUCCAGAAAAACAUAAAAUUGACAAGAUUAAUGUUAAGGAUAUUAAUGAUGAAUGGAAAUUUUCAACAAGAAGAUCAACAAAUCCCCUCUCUCCACGUUAUGAUUAUGAAAAAUCAAAUAUUGGAAGAGAAAUUGGUGAAAUUGAAGGAAGUAAACCAGCUACUUUACCAAAACAAUCAAAUUGGACAAGAGAACCUUUAUUAGAAACGAGAGGAAAUUGUGGUCAUGCCUUAUCAAGCACUUUUCCUAUACAACGAAGAGAUUUUAGACAAAUUAAUUAUGUUCAAGAUAUUUUACAUGAUGAUAAGAAGGGAAAUUAUACAACGUUUCAUAUUCCUUCAAAAAGACAAACUCAUCCUUUAGAUCCAAAUUAUUAA